GGCGGGCGGCCGUGCGCGCGGACCGCCGCAGUCAUGGGGCUGCAGCCCCUGGAGUUCAGCGACUGCUACCUCGACAGCCCGUGGUUCAGGGAGAGGAUCCGCGCCCACGAAGCGGAGCUCGAGAAGACCAACAAGUUCAUCAAAGAGCUCAUCAAGGACGGGAAGAACCUCAUUGCGGCAACCAAGAGUCUUUCAGUGGCCCAACGGAAGUUUGCUCAUUCUCUCAGAGACUUUAAAUUUGAGUUUAUCGGUGAUGCAGAGACCGACGAUGAACGCUGUAUAGAUGCUUCCUUACGUGAAUUUUCUAAUUUUUUGAAGAAUCUGGAAGAACAGAGAGAAAUUAUGGCAUUAAGUGUUACCGAAACCCUGAUUAAACCCUUGGAAAAAUUCAGAAAAGAGCAACUGGGAGCUGUAAAGGAAGAGAAAAAGAAGUUUGACAAAGAGACAGAAAAGAACUAUAGCCUAAUUGAUAAACAUCUGAAUUUGUCAGCGAAAAAGAAAGACUCACAUUUACAAGAGGCAGACAUCCAAGUGGAGCAGAACCGGCAGCACUUUUAUGAACUGUCUCUUGAAUAUGUAUGUAAGCUUCAGGAAAUCCAAGAAAGGAAGAAGUUUGAGUUUGUGGAACCUAUGCUGUCAUUUUUUCAGGGAAUGUUUACUUUCUACCAUCAGGGCCAUGAACUUGCCAAAGACUUCAAUCACUACAAAAUGGAACUACAGAUCAACAUUCAGAAUACGCGGAAUCGUUUUGAAGGAACCAGGUCGGAAGUGGAAGACCUUAUGAAUAAAAUCAGACAGAAUCCAAAGGACCACAAACGAGCAAGUCAGUUCACAGCAGAAGGCUACCUGUAUGUACAGGAGAAAAGGCCUGCUCCAUUUGGUUCCAGUUGGGUCAAACACUACUGUAUGUACCGGAAAGCAGCCAAGAAAUUCAACAUGAUCCCAUUUGAACACAGAUCUGGAGGGAAACUUGGAGAUGGAGAGGUGAUCUUUUUGAAAGAAUGUACCAAAAGGCAUACUGACUCCAUUGACAGAAGGUUUUGUUUUGAUGUAGAAGCUGCUGAUCGGCCUGGCGUUCCCUUGACCAUGCAGGCGUUCUCAGAAGAGGAAAGGAAGCAGUGGCUGGAAGCGCUGGGUGGAAAAGAGGCUUUGUUCCAUAGUUUUAAUAGAGCCAUCAUCCCAAGACCAGAAGGAAGUGCACAGUUGGAUAAGAUGGGAUUCACAAUUAUCAGAAAAUGCAUCAGUGCAGUUGAAACACGAGGUAUAAAUGACCAAGGAUUGUACAGAGUUGUAGGGGUGAGUUCAAAGGUCCAGAGACUUCUCAGUAUGUUGAUGGAUGUAAAAACAUGCAAUGAGUUAGACCUGGAGAAUUCCGUAGAGUGGGAAGUGAAGACAAUAACAAGUGCCCUAAAACAGUAUUUGAGGAGUCUUCCGGAGCCCCUUAUGACCUAUGAGUUACAUGGAGAUUUCAUUAUUCCGGCCAAAAGUGGAAGCCCAGAAUCCCGUGUUAGUGCUAUCCAUUUCUUGGUACACAAACUGCCAGAAAAAAAUAAAGAAAUGCUGGAUAUUUUGGUGAAACACUUAACGAAUGUUUCAAACCACUCCAAGCAGAACCUAAUGACCGUGGCCAAUUUAGGAGUGGUGUUUGGACCAACUUUGAUGAGGCCACAGGAAGAAACUGUUGCUGCCAUUAUGGAUUUGAAGUUUCAGAACAUUGUUGUGGAAAUCUUAAUUGAAAACCAUGAAAAGAUUUUUAGGACACUGCCUGAUGCCACAUUCCCUGAGCCAGUCUCCUUGUCAGCAUCACCCCCACAUGCUCCACCAAGGCAAUCGAAGAGACCAGGCCAGAGAAUCAAGAGACCUGUGGCUGUAUAUAAUCUUUGUCUUGAGCCGGAAGAUGGUGACAGCCCUAACCCUUGUAAGGAGGACACCCUCACCAGCAGUCUAGACUCUCUUUCCUCGCCAUCUCCCACGACGGCAGCUGUCCAUGGGCCUCCUGGAACCGACAGAAACCACCUCCCAGAUGGGGACUGGGCAUCCACAGUCCCAAGCCAGACCCGAUCAUCGAUGGUCCAGUGGCUUAACCCGCAGUCUCCGACCACCCUGAGCAUUUGCAACCCAGCUGUCCCACCGUCUUCACCCAAGUCGUCAGCUUUCUCCUUCUCUCUUCCUGCCACUGGAGCGGACAAGGCCCCUGAAAGCGUCGUCAGCCGGAAGGCUCGGGCCGUGUACCCGUGUGAAGCCGAGCACAGCUCCGAGUUAUCUUUUGAAAUAGGAGCAAUUUUUGAGGAUGUGCAAACCUCGAGGGAACCUGGCUGGCUAGAAGGGACUCUGAAUGGCAAGAGGGGGCUGAUUCCACAGAAUUACGUCAAGCUGCUGUAGCACUGGCCUGUGAGGGCCCCAGAGGGACCUGUAACCCCAGGACCGGCCUGGGGAUGGGAAGCUCCCGUCUUCCUCCCGAGUGGACCCCACAGCCACCUGGACACGCGGGAAUCACAGAUCCCAGAUUGGCACUCCAGGGAUGGGGAGGGGGGGGACACACUGCACAGCACUGUGUAGAUGUGGAGCGGGAGAAUGUCAGGAUUAAGAGUGGACUUUUCAUUCGUCAAGCCUCGGGACACGUGGUUUUUAGUUAUCCAUUCUGCAGAGUCGGGGGGAGGGGGCUUCUGCCAUCCUAACCUCCCCCGCUGGCCAGCACGCACCGGACACCUCCCCGCAACCUGCUGCUGAGGCUUCAAAGGGACCUGUACUUGUGUCUGUAGGGUGGCUCGUGGCCCUGGUUGGCGCCGGCGGACGUGGUAGGAGGGGCUGCCGGCCAGGGGAGUCCCCUGGACUAAACCGAGAGGGCAGCACAGAGGUGGGGGCUCCUUGCUAGAUGCCACCCUCGGACCCCACGCUCACAUUAAGUUGAAAACACCAGCAUAUUUAUAACAGGCUUCUCGGUGUUUCUCACCUGUUCUAUUUCCCAGACACCACCCUUUUGCCCCAAGGUCUCUGUAAGUGAAAUAAAGUAUAAUUUACUAUUUGCUGUGUGUCAUAAA